AUGCCUUGCUUCACUAUUCUAUACACUGUCUUCUUGUCUACGAUUCUAGUUUCACUGUAUGUUUCUAGAGCAGCCGCUGCCGACAUCAGUGCAUUCAAGACGGGUCUUGAGAAGAGAUACAGCACUGCUCACUCGCUAGGUGACAAUUACCAGUUCAACUCUGGGGAUGGCUGGCAAGCGAUCAACGUCACCAACCUCCAAUACAAAUAUUCUCGCUCAACUUCAGACCUCAGCGUAAUGGCCACACAUCUAGACGGUCCGCAUCAUCAUAGGAAGAGGUCCAGCAAGAGUUCGGGUCCCAAGAAAUCAAGCAAGUCAAGCAAGCAGUCUAGUCCUAAGAAAUCUGACAUCAAGAUGUACUCUACGAGCGCUAAUUCAACUGCCAAGUCUAUCACUAAGGGUCUCCUCGGGUCUGUUAAAGGGUCUAUCAAGGACAUCGUGAGCACAAUCAAAGGUGUCGGCAGUCCCGAACCCGUUACAAUUACAUGGUAUACCGGCCACGAUUUGUUAAACCCAAGCUGUUGGUCGAAUCCUAGUUGGGCACCUACUGAUAACUCUUUCGCGUGCGCUCUGACCCUGAACGGUUGGACUGAUAAACCAAAAUGCUUCCAAUUUCUCGAGCUUUGCAAUACGUCCAAGAAAUGCGUCUUCGUCCGCGUCGUGGACUCGUGUGCCGGCUGUGCCGGUGGCUCUAAACAUGUUGAUCUCACUAAGGCUGCCUUCUCCGAAUUGGCAGAUCUCGACGAGGGGAUCUUAACUGUACAAAUGCGACCAGCGACCUCACCGGAUGGGUGGCUAGAGAAUCUAUGGGGUCCAAAAGCUUAA